CCGCCUGCGAAAACGACUGCAGCGCAGUUUGUCGUUCGUUUACGCAGGGAUGUAUCCCAUCUGCGCAGGUACUUUGGAGGUCCUGCUCUGGAUGCUCUGCUUGCAGUACUGCGUAAACGAAUAUACGCAGUGCAAAUAUAGUUUAAUUAUCUGCAUCCGCAUGAUUAACUCAAAUGUAAAAAUGAAUUUUAUUAAAGUGAAAAAUGAAAAAGGGGAAGAACAACUCCUCGAAAUCGAUCCCGCAAAAAGUGAAAAUAAUCCACAAUUUCAACAAUCGUCAAGCUUUUCAUCCAAUUGAUUUAAAUACAAUUGCAACAACUUCUGAAUCUUUAUUUACUAUUGUUCCAUCUUCAUUUGCACACUCACAUCCUGUUAACAAUAUGGAAAAGUUGCUUGUCAAAACAGAAACAUCUUCACCAUCAGUAGAAAAUGUUUCUAAAGAGAACUGGACAGAUGCAGAAAUACAGCUUUUACUUGAACAACGUCUUAGUAUGAACGAUAAAUUCGAAAAUCCAAACAGCCGAAAAACACCAUACUGGAAUUUAAUUGUUAAAGCUUUUGAAGAAAAAGGAUAUAAAGUUAAAGUACAAGAUUUGAUGAAUAAAUGGAAAAAUCUCCUAGUUACGUACAAUCGAAAUGCAAGUAAAUUAAAAAAGACUGGUGAAAGUGCAAUUACUUGGAAAUAUUUUCAACAAAUGCAUGAAUGUUUUGCGACAAAAAAGAGUGUAAAUCCUCCUGAAAAAUUACUGGGUUCAACUUUCAAACCGGAAACACUAACUCUAAAGGAUGAAUUAAUUCUAAAGGAUGAAUUAACUGAUGACACAGAUGCCUCUACAGAAAACUGCACAGAAGCAAAAAGAAGAAAAAAAAAUUUGCCGAAGAAAAAGAAAACCCAAUUUCAAGAAGAAAUGUUGCGAAUUGUCGAAGAAAAAAAAUCACAAGCAUUAAAACUGAAGAUAGAAAUGUGGGAAGAUAAAAAGAAAAUUGCAAAAAGCAAAAUUGAAGCGAUAAACAAUCUUGCAACAAUCUUAAAAGAUAUACAAAAAAACCGCACAACAUACAAUGACUGAGUUAUAUAUAAUAUUAAUAUUUAUAUAUUAUAUAUUAUUUUAAGUAUUUCUAGUAUUUCUAGUAUUUCUAGUAUUUCUCUUUUCUUAUAAGUGUUACUAAGUCCAAUAAUUUUAAAAUUUGUUUAAAGAGUAAUACUUUAAAUUGUCGAGGCUUUCUGAUUUUUUUUAUGACAGCUUUUGUGCUAAAGACAAAUAAGCGAAAGUUUUUUUUUGUAGUUAUGAAAAGUUAAAAAAUUAAUAUGAAGUUUAUGUUACAUGUUAUAAGAUUGAUAUAAUUUUCGUAGAGACAUAUGUAAAGAGAGAUGUGUGUGUCAUUUUGAAUAUUUUCAAACUUUUGUGCAACUUAUAUGCUAUUUAAAUGUUACUUUUAUAGGAAAAUUCAAAGACUUCUUUCACAUUGUGAUCUCUUUAGCUAAAGGUUUUUUUUUUGUUUAUUUUUAGAUUCCUAUAUUUUAAUGAAAUAUCUGUGUUUCAUGCAUUAAAAAUGU